AGUUUAUAUUAGCUGUAAAAGCGUGAUCAACUCUUCAUAGCUACACAAAAAAAUCAUGGCGGACGAAGAUAAAAACGUUGAAAAAGAUAAUGAAAAUAAAGGGAAAAAGCAUGAUUCUGGUACGGCUGAUCUCGAGAAGGUUACGGACUUUGAGGAAGAAAAGGAAAUCUCUCCUCAAAGCAUACAAGACGCUAUGAAAAUUGUGGCUGAAAAGCAACGAAAAGUGAAUGAAGAGAAAUUACUCCGAGAAAAGGAAUUAGCUCGAGUCAAAGUUAAUAAGGAAGACGUCGAAUUAAUAAUGAAUGAAAUGGAAAUUUCGCGCCAGCUCGCUGAGAGAAAAUUAAAAGAGCAUAAAAGUGAUUUGGUACCGGCUUUACGAGAUUUGUUAAAUUAACAAUCACCAGGUUGUUUCAUGUUAAAAUUUUAGAUAUCUGUUAAUAUGCCUUAGGAAAGAAGAAGGAAAUAUAUACUACUAUUAAGUCAUUAUCAAAAUGUCAAAACGACUCUUUAGAAUCUAUAUUCUUCUCUUGUCGUAACGCUAUCUUUCCGUCGUUAAUUGCAUGCACAAUGCAUAUUAGCGUUUAUUUAGGAAAAUUGUGCAAAAUUAAAGAUUGAAAAAGGAACUCUGACAAAGAAUUUGAGCUACUACUACUGGUCUCUCCGAGUAAUUAGUUUCAAUGUAACUAUUCGUUGCUAUUUGAACAUCUAAAUUAUUCAUAAUGCUGCAACAGCAAAAAACGAAGAAGAAGAGAGAAUUCCGUUAAUAAUGAUUAUGCAAUAUUGUUGAACGAAAUGCAGGUCAAGAAAAUGAUUUUGGAAGUUAGAUAAAAAAAACAAUCAACAAUUAUUAAAACAUUUAUUCCUAACCCGUAAAAAUGACGUCAUGGUUUAGAAUAAUAGAUUUCUUUUUCUUCUCUUACCUUUCUU